UUUUCAAGGCAACAGACACUAGACACUGGGUAGUAAACGAAGUAACGACAGGAUUACUACGCAAUUAAGCGAAAUUAUGUUACAAUUUACGAGACAAUUACAGAGCAGCUGGAUAAUCAUUUAACACAUAUCCAACAGUAGGACCGCAGUGUCACCCCGGGCCAGCAGAGGGCGCUGUGCAGGGUCAGAUGCAGACCCCUCCCCAUCUCCUCACUGUCAGUGCCUGCGCCUGGGUCAGCUGUUUCUGUCGGCUUAGAGAACUGGGUACGAGUGAAGCCCUGGAGGCCGAGACCAUGUCGGUCAGCGUCCAUGAGAACCGCAAGUCGCGCGCCAGCUCGGGGUCGAUGAACAUCUCGCUGUUCCACAAGCCGUCGCACCCGGACAGCGUGCUGACGCACCUCAACACGCUGCGCAAGCAGUGCAUGUUCACCGACGUGACGCUGUGGGCGGGGGACCGGCCCUUCCCCUGCCACCGCGCCGUGCUGGCCGCCUGCAGCCGCUACUUCGAGGCCAUGUUCAGCGGCGGCCUGCGCGAGAGCGUGGACAGCGAGGUCAACUUCCGCGACUCGGUGCACCCCGAGGUGCUGGAGCUGCUGCUGGACUUCGCCUACUCCUCCCGCCUCGUCAUCAACGAGGAGAACGCCGAGUCGCUGCUGGAGGCCGGCGACAUGCUCCAGUUCCACGACAUCCGCGACGCGGCCGCCGAGUUCCUGGAGAGGAACCUGCACCCGUCCAACUGCCUGGGCAUGAUGCUGCUGUCGGACGCGCACCAGUGCAAGCGGCUCUACGAGCUCUCCUGGCGGAUGUGCCUGGUGCACUUCGAGUCGGUGAGGGACACCGAGGACUUCUACAGCCUGUCCAAAGACAAGCUCCUGGACCUGAUCCUCAGCGACGAGCUGGAGGUGGAGGACGAGCAGAUCGUGUUCGCCUCCGUGGUGCGCUGGGUUCGCUACGACCUGGACGGGAGGCGAGGCCACCUGCCCGAGCUCCUGCAGGGGGUGCGGCUGGCCCUGCUGCCCUCGGCCUGCCUCAUCGAGUCCGUGGCCUGCGAGGAGCUGGUGAUGGCUGACGAGCGCAGCUCGCGGAUCGUGGACGAGGCCAUGCAGUGCAAGAAGAGGAUCCUGCAGAACGACGGCGUGGUGACCAGCCCGUGCGCCCGCCCGCGCAAGGCCGGUCACACCCUCCUCAUCCUGGGCGGCCAGACCUUCAUGUGCGACAAGAUCUACCAGGUGGACCACAAGGCCAAGGAGAUCAUCCCCAAGUCGGACCUGCCCAGCCCCAGGAAGGAGUUCAGCGCGUGCGCCAUCGGGUGCAAGGUCUACGUGACGGGCGGGAGGGGCUCCGAGAACGGGGUGUCCAAGGACGUCUGGGUGUACGACACGGUCCACGAGGAAUGGUCCAAGGGCGCGCCCAUGCUCAUCGCCCGCUUCGGCCACGGUUCGGCCGAGCUGGAGAACGUCCUCUACGUGGUGGGCGGCCACACGGCCAUCGCCGGGGUCUUCCCGGCCUCGCCCUCCGUCUCGCUCAAGCAGGUGGAGCGGUACGACCCGCUGACCAACAAGUGGACCAUGAUGGCCCCGCUGCGGGACGGCGUGAGCAACGCCGCCGUGGUCAGCGCCAAGCUCAAGCUCUUCGUCUUCGGCGGCUCCACCAUGCACCGCGAGAAGGCCUCCAAGGUGCAGUGCUACGACCCCGGGGAGAACCGCUGGGCCGUGGCGGCCGAGUGCCCGCAGCCCUGGCGCUACACGGCCGCCGCCGUCCUCGGGAGCCAGAUCUUCAUCAUGGGCGGCGACACCGAGUUCACCGCCGCCUCGGCGUACCGCUUCGACUGCGAGGGCAACCAGUGGACGCGCGUGGGAGACAUGACCUCCAAGCGCAUGAGCUGCCACGCCGUGGCGUCGGGCAACAAGCUCUACGUGGUGGGCGGCUACUUCGGCACGCAGCGCUGCAAGACGCUCGACUGCUACGACCCCACCUCCGACAGCUGGAGCAGCAUCACCACCGUGCCUUACUCCCUCAUCCCCACCGCCUUCGUCAGCACCUGGAAGCACCUGCCCGCCUGACCGACGGCCAAACGCUCUGGUUCGUCUGGAAAUCGCGUUGCCCUUGCCCGAGGCAGUUUGUGGAGUCGACCGCCUGCACCCCCCUUCUCCCAUCUUUCUCCCCCGCCAUCCAGAGUGGGGUCGGUUCACCUGGGCCAGGCGAGCCACAAGAGGAUGAGCGUUUCACUAAGACUUCCCGUUUGAGCCGAGCGGAGCGACGGAGAGCAGGUUCUUCCAGAAGAGCGCCACCUGCUGCACUGAACCGAACCCACGCUCUGACCUACUGUAUGAUGUUGCCAUGGAGACUGGACCCACCACUGCAUUCUGCCUGCCUCUUAAAUUUUUUAGCAAUUUAAUUUGACAGAAAUGUAAUCUUGCGUUUCAGUGGCUAAGGAAAGGCGGAGAAAGUAUGAACGGCUUUCAUACAGGGCUCAUAGUCAGACUACACCCCUGUAUUUUGCAGUGAACUCUUCCAGGACUUGUACUUUCUGGCUUUUUAAUGCCAGGGACAUGCCAUUCUCCACCACUGCAGGGUUUGCGUCCAACAGCAUGCCUCCAUCGACUCUGAAACGUGUAUUAAAAAUGAAUAAAUAAAAGUGACCCAUGUCUAAGAACAGAGAGGGAUCGGGCCUACAAGUGGGCUUUCAAACCACAGGAAGCAGCAGAAGAUCUCUCUGCAAAAAAGUAUUCAGUCCCUCUGCAAGCAUGCCCACUUGCACUGGGGGUCAAACGCGGGAUUGAAACGGGAGCACUGGACCAAUGACAAGGUAGCUCACGUCAACCCCCUGACCAACCUGAGAAAAGUAACCUGCAACAAGGUUGCAGUGGCUGUCAGCACAAUUCUACUGUAUCUUUCCAUUUUAAUGUAUGCAUUUAAUGAUAUGAAAUUUGCACAUAGCACUAUGUAUCAUUUGAAAUGGUUCAAUGAGGAAAAUCUUUAAGUGUAUUUGUUACUGGAUCCCUCUGAUGAAGUUGUUUGGGUUUUUCUUUAUAUUGGCUGAAGGACGAACGUCGGUAUGGAUCGAAGACCCAAGGUCAUUUAUUUCCCCAUUCUGUUCUAAGCUGUUUUUAGGGGACUGGGUUACACAGGGGGGUGGGAUGGAGGGUUUCCAUUAAAAUGACUCAUUUUGAA